UAAACACUGAUCAAUCAGUUGCAGUGCCGGUAUAAGGUCUGAUCAAUCGAUCAAUUUCGCAAAACCUGUGGCAUGAUUCGCUGAGGCGAAGUACCAGAACUCAUGGAUGGGUCGGGACUUGGGGAUGGGAGGGCCAAUAGCAUUAGAGAAGUGCAGGAAUUUCCAGUGAUUGAUCGAUGAAUAUCCCCCAUAGCUGUGAUUUAUCCGGCGGGCAACAGCUUCCAUGCAAGAGCAGACCCAUCCAUGUCCCUGAGGCUUUUGAUCGACGUGAAUGUUUGCGCGCAAGAGUGAAAGUGAGAGGCAGGGCGGCGCGCACCACCUCGCCAACGGUCGACCGCACAAAAAGCGACCCCGCGAUUGAACUAGCGGCAGCAAAAGAAAGCUCUUUCUUUUCCCUCGUCUCUUCUGAUUCUGACAACCCUCGACCUCCAAGAUUCCACCAACAAUUAUCCUCCGUCGCCCCGACCUCUUCUCUCUUCUCUUCUCUCUCUUCUCUCUCCUCUCCUCUCUCCUCCUCCCCCCUCGCCGACCUACGCCCGUCCCCUCCGUCUUCUCCUCUCCUCCUCCGCGUCCUCCCGCCAUCUCCAUCUCCAUCUCCCUCUCCCUCCUCCUCCCAUCUCUGUCCGAUCCCACCCCAUCACGCCCCACCUCCUUCCUCCCCACAGCAAACUCUCUCUACGUCCCUACCUCCAACUCCCCCGGAUAAAGGUGUGUUCUCUGACCGGCCUUGAUUUUGCCGUCUUCCCAUUCUGGCAUUCGUGGCGUAUUUCCCUUUCUUCACUUGACGCGUCCUAACAACCUCACUAGAUCUCGUGUAUUUCCUCC